UGUGACGUCACGACCAGACCCUGUGAUACGCCUUGUGUGGAAGUAGGAGGAAGUGAAGUGAGCCAUUCAAGACAACAGAAAGACACGAUUUGUAUGUCCGGUUUUAAAGACAAGUGUCUGUAAAAACCUGUUCAACGGAACAAGAGAAGGCCUUUCUAAGGUCGCUGCUGGCCGCUGACUUUCCCAACGAAGAGCCAAAAUGACGGCGGCGGUGUUUUUCGGCUGCACCUUCAUCGCCUUCGGCCCAGCCAUCGCUCUGUUCCUGUUUACCAUCGCCCGGGAGCCCCUGAGGGUCAUCUUCCUGAUAGCAGGGGCAUUUUUCUGGCUGGUGUCUCUGUUGCUGUCCUCUCUGGUGUGGUUCAUCUCGGUUCAGAUCAGUAAUAAGGACAGCGCGGCGCAGCAGAAAGGUCUCCUCAUCUUCGGCGUGGUGCUGUCCGUUCUGCUGCAAGAAACCUUCCGCUUCGCUUACUACAAGCUGCUGAAGAAAGCAAAUGAAGGCCUCCUCACUCUCAGUCAGGAGGAAACCAUGCCGAUCUCCAUACGUCAGCUGGCCUAUGUGUCUGGCCUUGGAUUCGGCUUCAUGAGUGGAGCGUUCUCGGUGGUGAACAUUCUGGCCGACUCUGUGGGGCCGGGGACCGUCGGGAUCCAUGGAGACUCUCAGCACUACUUCCUGUCCUCAGCCUUCAUGACCAUGGCCAUCAUACUGCUUCACAUGUUCUGGGGCGUCGUCUUCUUUGAUGCCUGUGAGAAGCAGCGCUGGUGGGCCGUGGCUGCUGUCGUCAUCAGCCACCUCAUCGUUUCCUGUCUGACCUUCCAGAACCCCCAGUACGUCGCCAGCCUGGUUCCCACCUACGUCAUCUUGUUCCUGAUGGGCAUCUGGGCGUUCUACGCUGCCGGUGGCUCUCUCAGGAACCUCAAACUCUGUCUCACCUGCAAAGACAAGGACUUCCUUCUCGCCAACCACCGGCCCAGAUAAUGCAGCACACCAGCAGUGUGCAGGACUCUCAAUCCAAAGAUCCUCGAGCUCACAUACACACAUACACUGAAGGCAGCGCAGCAGGAGCGUUAAAUCCUCCGUUUAUCUGCUGUUUCACUUAAGAGGCAAACCUAAGGAAACUAAGAUGGAAAUUUGAUUCACGUUUGGCUCAUUUUUUGUGUAUGGAUUUAAUUGAUAUCUAAUGAUGAGAUUCUGCUUAAAAAAAAACCUACAAAGAUAUUUGAAGUUGGCGACACGCCUUAUAUUCUGUACAUACCCUAAUGUUUUCUGACAGCUGUCUUCUUUCAAAUGUUUCAAAUCAUUCGAACACUUUGUGUAAAUAUUUAUGCAUUUUUAAUUCCCUGAUGUGUAGAUAGUGUGAAGUUUUAGCUUUUUUCCACCGUCUUUAAUCUGUAUGAGAACUUGCCUUUGAAUUAAAAAUGAACAUUGAUUUACAGAAGCUGA